AUGACACUGAUAGCGAUACUACGGCAGGAGGCAUCGAUCCCGUUCGCCGAGACGAGUUGUGGUGCGAUCGUGGGUGCAUACAAGUCGCCAUUUGUCGUGUCACCGCAAGCGAGUGCGCAACCGCAUCAGCAACCGGAGCAACAACACCAUCAGCAGCAGCAGCAGCACGGGAUCGAUAACGGCGCAAAGCAGGAGUCCUGUUCGCGUGAUCAAGACACCACGUCCUUAGAGACCGCACCAGUGCCAGUGAGCGAUCGAUUUCGAGUGGAGCGCGCAGAAAGUGACAGUGGCGAUCGUGAAGGGCGCGAGAUCGGUGAUAGUGACGGGCGUGAUAGUGGAGUUGAUAUCGAUCGUGCCACGGCAAGAUCAUCGUCAGACGCCGGGACGCCAUCCAGUGGCAACACCCCAUCGGUGAUAACGUCCUGCUCGAAGGCCCUACUAGGAUCGGACCCGGUGAAGGUGCCCUCGUACGGGUUGCAGGAUCCGGGCUCGGGUUCCGCAUCACCGCCGCGCUUUUCAACGCUCCAGACCGUGAUCAACAGCAGUGGUGGGUACGCACCGUACCAGCACCAUCACCACCAGUGGCCGUGCGAUCUGACCUACAAACCUGUAGAGCACCGGGCCACCUCACCCUCGAGUGAGCCCUCUUCCGUGGGUGAGCUAUCGCGCCAACAACCGACCCCACCUAGGGCCGUGUACAUCGGUGAUCAUCCACCGUCCGGUUCCAGUCACCUAACCGUGGUCAGCCACCUAAACCCGCUGGUGAGCUCAAACGAUCCUGCAUUGAUCAGCAGCAUGCGUGGAAGCCUGCUUCCGAUGUACUCCUCGUACACAGGUGGAGGAGGUUCACAUCAUCACGAUCACCUGGACGAGGCGGCAGCUUUGCAACAUCACGUGCAGGCACAGGACGCACAUUUGCGCGCAGAGGACGAACUGUCUGCCAUCCACCAUCACCUGCAUCAGCAGGCUCAACACCAACAGCAGCAGCAGCAGCAACAGCAGCAGCACCAUCACCAGCAGCAACACCACCACGAGGUGCAGCAGGUUGGGCAGCAACACAGCAUCGACGAAAUGAUCGCCGAUACGCUCAAGGACGAGCAGUGUGCGAUCGUGGAGAGCUACCUUACACCCACGCUGGUGUCCGAUCAUCAUCAUCAUCACCACCACCACCAUCACCAGCUGGGGGACUCGCCGACACACCAGCAACAGCCGCUAGGACAACAUCAUGGACUGCAACACGGACACGGUGGGUUGCACGAGUCGAAGGAAUACACCGGCAUUUAUCAUAACAACAACGACAAGAGCGUCAUCAACUACAACCAUGCGGCGCAUCAUCACCACCAGCAGCAACAGCAGCACCAACAGCAACACACCAACCACCACACGCACACCACGAGCAGUGAAUCGCGCAGUCCGGAGUAUUCGCACGCGCACGAUGAGUACGAUAGCGGGCUGCAGAGCUUCACUCAGUUGCUGAAUGUGCCUCGAGCGAGUGAUACGGCGCAGGCGAUGUACCACCGUCACCAGAUGUCGGCCGAAGCUGCAGCAGCCGUGGUGGCUGGUACGGCGUCCGCAACAGCGCCAAACGGCGCUCAAACACCGACCACAACGACGUCCUCGCCAGGACCCUCGGAGCACCUGAGCCUUGGCGGUGUUCCAUCCGCCGGAAGUGCGCUGCACGCUGAAGCAGGCGUUGGACCGGGUGUUCCCGAUGGCGGGCUGUCUCUCUACGACACGCUGCAGUCGGGUGUUCUCUCGAGCGGCCCUUCGUACGGUCGCUGCUCGUUCCCGAGCAUGCAGUACUUCAACGGAAGCUCGACGGACCACCUCUGGUCGAGCGGUGUUUCCGGUCUCGAUAGCGAUUACAUGAAGGGUGCCCUGCCCGGUUUCCAGCGGAUCGUUUCCGGUACGAACCCGACGCGUGCCAAUCCCUACAGUGCCGUUUCGACGUCCUACGCCCAGCAGAGUGACACUUGGCCGCAGCAUUACGACUCCAGCAGCAUCGCGUAUAGUGUGGCCACGUCCAGCACGACCCCGGUGACGGUGAAUAGGCGCGCGACGGUGGCCACAACCGCCACAACGCAUUUUCCGGCUGCGGCAUCACUCACAGCACUCGGGCUCGAUGCGGACCUGUUUACGGAGGGACGAGAGUGCGUCAACUGUGGCGCAAUUCAGACGCCUCUGUGGCGCCGCGACGGAACUGGCCACUAUUUGUGUAACGCGUGCGGACUCUAUCACAAGAUGAACGGCAUGAAUCGUCCCCUGGUGAAACAGCCAAGACGCUUGGUAAAAGAUCCUAGCUCGGCAAGGCGCGUGGGCUUGCAGUGCUCGAACUGCAACACGACCAACACAUCGCUCUGGCGCCGCAACCAGGUCGGUGAACCGGUGUGCAAUGCCUGCGGUUUGUACUACAAGCUGCACAACGUGAACCGUCCGCUGGCGAUGAAGAAAGAUAACAUACAGUCCCGCAAGCGCAAACCAAAGGGAAGCAAAAACAGUGACGGCACGACGGGCAAGAACAGUAACGCUGCGAGCAAUCGGCAGAACAAUUCGAGCAGUAACAGCGUAUCCGAGACACCGAAGAAAGCAGAUGGAAUCAAGCUGAUGAACGUUGGCGAUAGCUCGAGCUUUGAGAAGCUACUGCCGUCGUCUCCAUCGAGCGAGGGCAGCAAUCAGUCCCCAUCGCAUCACAGCCACAUGUCACCGAUCUGCUACACGCAGCAGGUACCUUCACCGAUCACCAGCACGCCAACCAGCGGGGCCAUCGUCAGCAACAGCAAGUACAAUCAGCAACCGAAGAGCAACUCGUACAUGCUCUCAUCACCGACACCGAUGAACAUGUUCAGCGGAAGCCCUACGGGAGGCGUUUCGGGACAGAACCAUCACCAUCAAUCUUCGGGCGGACCGCUCAGUCCCGUAGGUUAUGGGUUGCCGGGGGUUGGUGGUGGCCAUGGGGCCAACAACGGGGGCUCGAAGUACCAACAAAGCCCCCCACAGUCACCCGAGGACAUGCUGUACUACGAUAUGCUGCCCGCCGACGUGCACGGUGGCGUAGAUCAGCAUCCUUUGGCGACGAUCGUGAAAAUGGAACCACUGGGCGGAAAUCACUACGGUGCGUAUCAGCAAGGUUUGCACCACUCGGAGGGUGGUAUUGUUGGAGGGUUGAUGCAUAACCAGCACGGAGCAGCAGGUGGAGCACAUCAUCACAGCCGCAGUCCUUCGGUGGCGGACGAUGAGAACGAAUCGGUGGCGGUGGCUCACGCGCAACAGGACAUCAUCGAGAGCAAGCACAACAUCAACCGUCCCACGGUGGUGUCCUUGUCUCGAUAGACGGGAAUGGAAUGGAGCUGUUGACGGUGGUGUGGACGGUUUCGGCCACUGCUGCAGCAUGCACGAAUCUCAUACGACUUUCCUUGGGCGGUCGCAUUUUCCGAGGAAGCUUAUGAUACCAAAAUGAACUGAUUUACGCAAAAGACUCGAUUCGAAUGUUUAACACGUUAAGGAUGUAGAUUUUAGGUCGUAGUUUUUGAGCACGUACGUUUCACACGCCAAGCGCUGGAGCACAUCGCUGGAUCGCUUAUUCUGCUGGUAAAAGAAUAAAACCUAGCGAAUCUCCAAAUUCAGCCAUCUCACUCAGCUGGGUGAAACCACCAGCUAGCCAAACGUGGCAGUUUGGACGCUAAUUUUGUUCGAUUAAGGGAUAAGGAAAGAUGGAACGAGUGUAUCAUCUAAUCACGCGAAAUCGACCGUAGAGUGUAGGUGUUGGGCAAACGUUUUGCCUCCAUCAGCGGUAAUGUAACAUAUCUCGGAUCUGUUCGCAGGCUACCGCCCGCCAGAGCAUUAGUUGUAAAUAAUGUUAAUGCGAACAAAAAAAAAAAAAAAGAACACGACAACAUACAAAGCAACAUAGUACAUUUGUAAGGGAAAGGUUUUAGGCUAAGGGAAAGAGAUGGUGUAUCAAAUGUACAGACUCGAUCAGCUCUCUGCAUACUUCGCAAUCGUUCCAAAUUUUUUAAGCAUCUAGGCUAGAGAGAGAGAGAGAGAGAGAGAGAGAGAGAGAGAGAGAGAGAGAGAGAGAGAGAGAGAGAGAGAGAGAGAUAGCAGUUGUACCGGAUUUGGACGCAGACACCAAAUCUGGUACCCCACAUUUCGGCGGGAAAGUGGAAAAUUGUAUCAUAUAUGUUUGAUUGGGCUUUUAAAAAAAAACGUAAACGUAUCGCGCCGUUUUUCUUGGUUAGGAAAUGUUGACAACUCGACAAUUAGGAUUACAAAUUUUUUUUUUGAACUAGAUAUGAAUAAACGUAAGUUUUACUGCGA